AUGUUAAGAUCAAUCAUUAAAUCAUUCAAACCAUCUACCUUCACAUCAACUGCUUCUUCUUCAUCAACAAGAACUAUCAAACCAAUCAAGAUCUAUCACAACACCAAUUCAUUAUAUUCUUUGAAUUUAUUGACUAAAUUGACCAAUUUUAACAAUAUUUUGGAUGUUACUGUUUGCAACAAUGAACAAUUGUCUCAGCAAGAUUAUAAUUUUAUAAUUGAUGAAUGUUUAUCUAUGCAUCCUGAUAACAAAUCUAUAAUGUUGCAAUUGUUUCAUCCCUCAAAACAACAAGUUUGUAAAUCACAAUUAAUUCGUGAUUUUUCUUUACAUGAUUUAAUUUAUGAUUAUAAUAACUUGUCUAAUGUUAAUUCUAAUAAUACCAAUGGUAAUCAAUUACCUUUGAUUAUUGAUUUUAAUAGUAAAUUAAUUGCUAAUGAUGAUGCUACAAUUGAUAGAAUUUUAGUCAAUUAUUUAACUUGUGGUAUCCAAUCAACUACCAAUACUAAACCUCCUUCUAAUACUAAUACUAAUACUAAUAUCACAACUAAUACAACUAAUUACACUUCUUCACUGAAAAAUCAUGAUUUGGUUCAUCCUCAUGUUGCUGAAUUUGCUGAUUUAUUUUAA